GAGUCAGUCAGUCACGCACCGAGCAGUGAGGGUGGCUCUCACCCCUAGCUGGACGCUGCCUUUCUUUAGCUUCCCUUCGCUUCUGGCGUGGAAAUAAUGUAAAGAAGUGAAUUAGAAGAAUAUUUGACAACAUGACGGAAAAACUCCACGAAUACCAGGGUUGUUUAGGCCGCUUGCACGCCUUCAGGGACAACUGGUCGCAAAAAUUCGCACCCUACAAGGAGCGCUACGCCGAAUGCGGGGGUGGCGUGGCCGGCCUCAGGGGGCUGCUCACCCACCGGCCGCAAACAACGCACGACUUUUCGCACAUUUACAGACAAAAGACAAGGGGCGAGUUGGUGCGCAUUUCGGCCGCCGUGAUGGGCAUCGAAUUCGCGUACUCUGCCGAAACAGCGUUCGUGUCGCCCACGCUGCUGAAGAUUGGAGUCGCCCACCGACAUAUGACCCUGGUUUGGGGUCUCAGCCCCCUGGUCGGCUUCUUCCUCACGCCCAUACUCGGUUCCCUGAGCGACAGGUGCGACCUGCCCUUAGGCAGAAGACGGCCUUUCAUCGUUGCCCUCUCACUAGGCGUCUUUCUUGGCCUAUUGCUGGUACCGAAUGGCGAGUCAAUUGGCUAUUGGUUUGGUGAUACGCACGGCAUUGUUUACAACGCAACCUUGGCUGAAAUGGACAAAAAUUACACACCAAGUCAGGAGUCGAUUAUCGGGAGCCACCCUUGGGGGGUGCUGUUUACAGUCCUGGGGACAGUCCUACUCGACUUUGAUGCGGACGCCUGUCAAAGUCCAGCGCGCGCUUAUUUACUGGACGUAACGCAGCCAGAGGACCACGCCAGGGGCCUCAGCACUUUUACCAUCAUGGCUGGCCUCGGCGGGUGCAUGGGAUACGCGAUGGGUGGCAUCAACUGGGACGCAACCGCCAUAGGUGUGAUGCUCGGAGGUCACGUGAGGGCGGUGUUCACGCUGAUCACCUUCAUCUUCAUCGGAUGCGUGGCAGCGACAGUGACCAGCUUUACGGAAAUUCCACUCUACUUGCUGGCCGAGCAGGAAGCGAGUCACGUCGAUCCGGACAAGGAGCAACGUCGAAGAUCAACUCUCACUCAUCAGCCGAGUGUAAUGACCUACGGAGCUACUGAAGAGCAAACCACGCAAUUCCAAGGAAACGACGAGUAUGGCGAUGAGUAUUCUCAGCACAAGAACGAGCCCAGCGGCGCACCAGAGGGUAGCAACCCUGAAAACUACAACUUCCAGGACAUCGAGCCGCCGAUCGCCACCCAGGCGUCUCUUCGGCAUUACCUGCUGUCCAUCGUCCACAUGCCCGGCUCAAUGCGAAUUUUGUGCGCCACUAAUUUAUUCUGCUGGAGUGCCCACGUUUGCUACUCGCUCUACUUCACAGACUUCGUGGGCGAAGCUGUGUUCGGAGGCGACCCUCAGGCUGCAGAAGGUUCCGCGAAAAGAAAUCUUUACGAGGAUGGCGUGCGAUUUGGUUGCUGGGGAAUGGCCAUGUAUUCUCUGUCCUGCGCCUGCUACUCUCUCGUAAUUGACAAACUCGUGCAGAGAUUCAAGGCGAAACGGGUUUACGUGUGCGGCCAGUUGGUGUACUGCACGGGAAUGUCGCUGCUCGCAUUGACCAGAGCCAAGUUUGGCGUCAUUAUUUUCUCCUGGACAGCAGGCGUCAUGUACUCGACACUGUUCACCAUGCCCUACUUGCUCGUCGCCCAUUACCAUGCGGAGAAUACGUUCAGCGAAGCCGAGCACAUGAUGAAGAGCGAGGAGGCGGCGUCGAUGGCGCCGCUGCAGCAGGGCCCGGCGGCGGCGCCGAAGCAGUUGCGCGGUCUGGGCACGGACGUGGCCAUCGUGAGCAGCAUGGUGUUCCUGGCGCAGCUCAUUCUGUCCGCGUGCAUGGGCGCCAUCGUGAGCUGGGCCGGCACCACGACGGCCGUCGUCUGCGUCGCCUCGGUGCUCAGCUUCUGCGGCGCCCUCUGCGCCACGCAGGUCCUCUACCUCGACCUCUGAACCGCAUUCAAUACUCAAUUUAUUGUAGAAUAUGUGUGUAACCUCGCAACGAGUUAAUAAAUGUUUAUCUCGGAUUUAUG